AUGGCAUGGAUUUGUCUUCUACUGGCAAGCCUCAGUGGGCUUGGCGUGGCUCAGUUCCCUCCGAAGCCAGAAGGAGUUACAACAUUGAAGUCCAAGCUCCAUGAGAAUGUGACGCUCUCCUUCAAGGAGCCUGGAAUCUGCGAGACUACUCCAGGCGUCAAGUCAUAUUCAGGAUAUGUGCAUUUGCCGGAGGGGUUUCUGAACGACGGCAGUGGUGGGGAGAAGCAAGACUAUCCAAUCAACACAUUCUUCUGGUUCUUCGAGUCCCGGAAAGACCCAAUCAAUGCACCAUUGGCGAUUUGGCUCAAUGGCGGUCCAGGGGGCUCGUCAUUAAUGGGGCUGCUCGAAGAGAAUGGCCCAUGCUUCAUCAGUGCCGACUCGAGGUCGACGUAUCUGAACCCUUGGAGCUGGAACAACGAAGUCAACAUCCUGUACAUUGACCAGCCGAACCAGGUGGGAUUUUCAUAUGAUGUCGCCACCAACGGGACUAUGGUCGCAGGCAGCGAUGAUUCCUGGAGUGGAUACGAGACCAUACCAUGGGACUCAACGGACAAAAUACCAGAGACCAACCUCACCGCCUAUCAUGGAACCUUUGCGAGCCAGAAGCCCCUCAACACUGCCAACACGACGGCCCUGGCGGCACAUGCGCUUUGGCAUUUCGCCCAGACCUGGUUCUUCGAGUUCCCAUACUACAAGCCCCAUGACAACCGGAUCAGCCUUUGGGCUGAGAGCUACGGCGGUCAUUACGGGCCUGGUUUCUUCGGCUUCUUCCAGCAACAGAACGAUAAAAUCGCCAAUGGCAGUAUCAACGACAAAGACGCACAUUAUCUUCAUCUAGAUACUCUGGGUAUUGUCAACGGCCUGAUUGAUGUCGCAGUCCAAGGAGAGGCUCUGAUUACGUAUCCCUUCAAUAAUAGCUAUGGAGUGGAAAUCUUCAACAAGUCUCUGCACGAUGAGCUCUUGUACAACUGGACGCGGCCCAACGGCUGCAGAGAUCAGGUCAAGGCCUGCCAAGAUGAAAUGGAAGGCCGCGGGCCUAUCUUCCUCAGCCUCGAAGACAAGAACCUGAGCCAGAUCUGCACCGAGAUCAACCCAGGUUGUGAAGGCAUGCCAGCUACUCAGAUCUAUCAGGAUAUACUACCAGGUGCCGGUUGGUACGAUGUCACACACCCCAAGAACGACCCCUUCCCACCGCCCUACAUGUUUGGCUACCUCACGCAAGAGUCCGUACUCGCCGCGCUGGGCGUGCCAGUCAAUUUCUCAGAGUCCUCGGGCGCUGUGGCGCAGACCUUCCAAGGCACCCUUGAUAUCAUCCAUGGAGGCUUCCUGGAGUCCAUUGGGUACCUUCUCGACUCCGGCGUGAAGGUGCACAUGAUGUAUGGGGAUCGUGACUACCCGUGCAACUGGGUCGGGGGCGAGGCGGCCAGUCUUGACGUGCCCUACUCGAAGGCAGAGGAGUUUGCGGGUGCGGGAUACGCUCCUCUCGUCACGCAUGAGGGUGUGAAGGGGAUGACGCGGCAAUUUGGCAACUUCAGUUUCACGAGGGGUCAUGAGGUACCGUCAUACCAGCCUGUGGCCGCGUACGAGAUAUUCAAGCGCGCCACCUUUGGCUUGGACAUCCCAACUGGGUUGAUCCAGACGGACGAUAACUUUGCAACGAUCGGCCCCAACGACAUUUGGUUCAUCAAGGGCGUGCCGCCCAUUGCACCCAAGCCAGAGUGUUACAUCUUGAGUCCAUUGACUUGCCUUCCGGAUGUGUGGGAAAAGGUCAUUGCUGGUGCAGUCAAGGUCAAGGAUUGGUUCGUCGUUGAGGAGGCCGAUGAGAGCGUCGGGCAGCCGUCGGGCGCCGAUUCUGAACAACAAGUUUUGGACGAGUUGUAG